AUGUUGAAAAAAUUGAGCUCGCAGGACAAUAUCACACGACUGAUUAAAGCGAUCAACGAGCAAAUAUUGUACUUUAUUGCCUUCUUCAAGUUGUACUUCUACGUAAUACAUUAUCAACGCUGGGAGAAGCUGUUCUACGAUCUGCAACUUGCGUUUAGCUCGGUUAUGACCAACCCGAGCCCCGAAAUUCAAGGAAUAUUGAGACACGUAACGAAAUCGACCCAUAACCUUACCAAAUACUACAGUUACGUAGUAAAUUUCAACUGUGCAUGGUACGGUAUAUUCCGAAUGUUGUUCAUAGUGGUUAAAUAUGCCGUGACGGGCUCCUACGACAUGCCGCUUUCAACACCGAUUGAGGCGAAGUAUUUUAUCCCCGGCCUGCGUACAAACUUUUGGGUUUGGUUGCCGGUGAAUUUAGGACUAAAUGUACUGCUGGAGUGGCAUAGCUUAGCUUUGGUUUUCGUUGAAAGCUUCAUAUGGAAUCUUGUGUAUGCCACAUCCUGUAUGUUUCGAAUUCUGCAAAUUCUGGCCAACGAGCUUUCAGAUCGAAAACGGAAUGAAGGAACAUGGACAGUAGAGUUUGAAAAAUCUCCACUUACAUGA